CAUCCAUGAACAAAUUUCACCAUUACAAUUCUAUGCAAGGGAAAGUAAAUUGAAACCUAUAUCUUGCGGAAGCUUUCUUUGAAGGAAGGUUUCUAACCGUGAGGAGUUUCUUGACUUCAUAGAAGGAAAAUGGAGGACAUAGAAGAUGUAGUACCUGGAGGUGCUCCGCCAGGCCUUCGUUUGCCCACCAUGACCACAGCUGUUGGAUUAAAGCCUAGAAGAAAACCCAAGCCUAAACAAACUGCCGCUAAUAAUGACUACUCCAGCGUACCUGGUACACAGACCAUAUACAUCAAAACGUUUGGCUGCUCUCAUAACCAGAGUGACAGUGAAUAUAUGGCUGGCCAACUCUCAGCAUACGGUUAUACAGUAAGCGAUGAUCCUGAGGAUUCAGAUCUAUGGCUGAUUAAUACAUGCACAGUGAAGUCACCCAGCCAAUCUGCCAUGGACACCUUGAUUCAUAAAGGUAAAGCUGCAAGGAAGCCACUGGUUGUAGCAGGCUGUGUUCCUCAAGGAAGUAGAAACUUGAAGGAGCUAGAUGGUGUAAGUGUAAUUGGAGUGCAACAAAUUGAUCACAUAGUGGAGGUGGUUGAAGAGACAUUGAAGGGCCAUGAAGUCAGGCUUUUGAAAAGGAGUACACUGCCAGCUCUUAAUCUUCCAAAAGUAAGAAAGAAUAAAUUUGUAGAAAUCCUUCCAAUAAAUGUGGGCUGUCUAGGUGCUUGCACUUACUGCAAGACUAAACAUGCUCGUGGGCAUCUUGGGAGUUAUACUGUGGAUACUCUUGUUAACCGUGUCAAAACUGUUAUUGCUGAAGGAGUUAAGGAGAUAUGGCUGAGCAGUGAAGACACAGGAGCUUAUGGCCGAGAUAUCAAAGUAAAUUUGCCUAUUCUCUUGAAAGCACUUGUGGCUGAGCUUCCUUCUGAUAGGAGUACAAUGCUUCGAAUUGGCAUGACAAAUCCCCCUUAUAUUCUUGAGCACUUGGAAGAAAUUGCUGAUAUACUGCAGCACCCAUGUGUUUAUUCUUUUCUUCAUGUGCCAGUGCAGUCGGGAAGUGACACUGUUUUGAAUGUCAUGAAGCGUGAGUACACAGUUAGUGAAUUCAAACAUGUGGUUGACACAUUGAUGCGAAUUGUGCCAGACAUGCAGAUAGCAACUGAUGUUAUAUGUGGAUUUCCAGGUGAAACAAAUGAAGAUUUUGAGGCAACUAUUGAACUAAUUAAAGAAUAUAAGUUCCCACAUGUUCACAUUUCACAGUUCUAUCCAAGACCAGGAACACCUGCUGCUAGAAUGAAAAAGGUCAAUAGUUCUGAGGUAAAGAGGCGAAGCCGUGAGUUAACAACUAUUUUUGAGUCGUUUAUGCCAUAUACUGGCAUGGAAGGUCGAAUAGAGAGAAUAUGGAUAACAGAUACUGCUGCUGAUGGUAUCCAUUUGGUUGGUCAUACCAAAUCAUAUGUACAAGUACUUGUUAUGGCUCCUGACAGUAUGCUUGGAACUUCUGUUGAUGUGAAAAUUGCAUCAGUUGGUAGGUGGUCUGUUUUUGGAAAUAUAGUCGGGAAGCCAUAUCAAAUUCUGACACCAUGUAUUUCAAAUUCAAAUCUAGCUACAAAAAAAACCAUUGUUUCAGAGGGUAGAAAUGCAGAAGUUAUGUCCUGUACAGAGUCGGAGUCUUGUACAUGCUCCAUGGAAAAGGAUUGCAAAACAAUACAAACUUCUGUCGAUUGUUUGGUUGCCGAGCCCGUUGUUAAUGGAAAAUGUGAAGAUUGCAUGUGCAGUAUACCAGUUUCAGCUGAAAACAUGCAUAAUAUGAUGGACAAAGAAGUGAAAGUCAGUAAAACCUGUGAGUCAUUUUAUGCUGCAAAUGAUGGUGAGACAACUGUGAAGCUUUCAGUUGAUACAAACUUUAUAAAGAAGUCACUGUCAUCUAUGCUAUUAAGGAAGAGAAAGGAGUACCAAAAUAACAAUCAAAAUAAUGUUUUUCCAGAAAUUGCACAAAAGAAACAACAGUGCAACAUCUUCAGUAGAUUUUCUAUUUUGGACUGGAUACUACUGUUUGGAAUCAUUCUGAGCUUUAGUGUGAUUGUGGUUAGCGUAUUUAAAUUAGUGGUUUAAGAAUUUGACCACUUACAGACAUUUUUACCAUUUUAGUGUCAUUUUAAUUUUCACUGCUAAUGUCCAGGAGAGGACUCAUACAGUGAACAUUAAUUUUGGUGCCUGUAUGGGCAUGCUGAGCUUUGUAAGUUGUUUGAUUCAAUUAAUAUUGGAGGGGCUAAGUUCCUCAAAUUAUACAGGAUUAUGAAUAAUGUUGUCUUGAGGUUAUUUACUGUGCUUUUUAAAUGUUUAAGGAUCUGGGAAUUAUGGGUUA